UCGGUCACACUAGCGAACGCCCAGCGAAAGUUUUGUUUAUUUUUUUGUGGCACCCAUUUCUCCUGGUGGAACAAUGCUAAAUGCUAAAAUCGCCAAGGUCGGCAAAGUGCUGGUCUGCGGGAUGAAGGGCGUGGGCAAGACUGCGCUCAUCGAGCAACUGGUCUACGGCCACGUCAAUCCGGAAACGGAGAUACAUCCCACCAUCGAGGACAUCUACGUGGCCAGUGUGGACACGGGCCGGGGUGGACCCCGCGAGACCCUGCGCAUCUACGACACGGCUGGACUGCAGGGCGAGCAACAGCAGCUGCCACGCCACUACCUACAGUUCCCGGACGCCUUUGUCCUGGUCUACGAUCCCAUGGACCCGCGCAGCCUGGACAUGUUGGCCGACAUUAAGACCGACAUCGAGAAGCACAAGGAGAAGAAGGAGAUUCCUGUCGUGGUGCUGGCCAACGUGCGUGCCCGGGCGGCUCCCAAUCCCCUCGAGAAGGUCAUGGACCGAGCCAAUGUCUGGUGCCAGCGGGAGCGCAUUAAGCACUACACGGUUAACGCCAUGGAGCGGCCUUCCCUCUAUGAGCCAUUCACCUCGUUGUGCGCCCGCCUGCAUCCGAUGCAGACGAAGAGCACGUUCCCCCAGCUUCGCCAGGUCAUGCAGAACCGACAGAAGAGCGAGGCCUAGAUGAUCUAAUUCUAUUAGUGGGGGCAAUAUCAUUUAAGUUUUUUAUGUUGUGACCCAGAAAUCUCAGUCGAUUUUCGUCAGUUGGGGUGCCUGAAUUUGUAUAGUUUUUGGCAAAUGUUUUUCAAAGUCUAAGAGGUCUCUGGGACAUCCCCAAUUGUACUCGUAUUAAUCCAUUUAGUGUUUACUUGCCUUGUAUUAACCGCUGAGCUUUAAUGUGGCUUAGAGCCCGAGCAGCCACUUGUACUUAUGUCUAUCAGUUUGUGAGUGUCCAAUUGUAUUUAGAAUUUGUUACACCUAAA